GGCUGAGGAUAAAACCUUAUCCCGCAAGGCAAUGUGGGUAACAGGAGCAAAAUGGCGGAAGGAUGCGACGAUUCAGCUUGUCGAACGGAGAUUUUAGCUCAUUUUCAGGAUAUAACUGGUUACAACGAUAUUGAGGAGUGUCGAGCAGUUCUUGAGAGGCACAAUUGGGAUAUCGAGACGGCAGUUCAAGAUACACUGAAUGAAGCAGAAGGGUCAGAGCCAGUUUUUCACCCUCGGCAAGACUCAUUUGAUGGUAGUGACGACGAGAAUGAUGGCAGAGAUGAAGAUUCAGCAACCCAGAGCCAAUUUUCAAGAACUACUGCAAACACCGGCACACCUAGAACAGUAGUGGUGGCACAAAGACAAAACCAGGGAUGGUUGUUUUGGGCUCUGGCCAUUCCAUUUCUUCCUUUUAGAUUUGCGUCCAGUAUUGUGAGAGAUCUUCUUGGAUUCAUUGUGAGAUUUAUCUGGCCAACAGCAUUUCAAGCUCAAACUACUCCACUGGAAGAUGUGUUACAGUUUAAGGCAGAAUUUGAAGCAGAGUAUGGAGCAGUCCAUCCCACAUUUUAUCAAGGAAGUUACAGUCAGGUUAGAACCAAGUAAAGAAGAAAACUAAGAGUAUAAAAUAAUAUCGGCAUACAGUAUUUCUCAAACGUCCCUGUUACAGGUCAAGUCUGCUUAUUGGACAAACCAUCCACAUUCCUAGCACUACAUGUAUGAUCUAGU